AUGCUGCUCUCAUCCACGAGUAAGAAAAUAACCCACGACAUUGAAGUGUUAACUAUCGAGAGCGGAUCAUUCACGAUAAGCUCCGUAUAUAAACCCCCUGGCCAAAACCUAGACCUUUCAAUGCCAGGCCACUUUAACAACCAGAAGACUCAAUUUGUUGUGAGCGAUUUUAACUGUCACAGCACCACCUGGGGAUAUGGCGAAACAGGCUCCAAUGGUCAAUUGCUGGAGCAAUGGGCUGAGGCUACCAGCCUCUCACUUCUCCACGAUCCCAAGCUCCCUUGCUCUUUCAACAGAAAAAUUUGGAAGCGAGGUUAUAACCCUGAUAAUUGCUUUGUCAGUAGGAACAUCCACGACACCUGCUGCAAAAAUGUAUAUAAUGCAAUUCCAAAGACACAACACCGACCUAUCGGAAUCCAAGUCUACUCUACAAUCAAAACAACCAAAAUAUCUUUCCGUAGGAGAUUCAACUUUAUGAAAGCCAGGUGGCCAGAAUACUCCCAAGUGCUGGAUGAGGAAAUAACCAAUUUGGCCCCAACACCAAGCAACUACCACAUCUUUGUUGAGUCCCUGCGAAAGAUAUCCAGACGAUAUAUUCCUAGGGGCUGCAGACAACAUUACAUUCCAGGGCUCUCGAAUGCCUCAAGGGACACCCUGGAGCAGUACGAACAAUUGUUUGCGGAAGAUCCAUUCAGCGAUCAAACCAUCACUUGCGGAACAGCUUUAAUGACAGCUCUCAGCGAGGCACGUGAGAAGAAAUGGGUAGAAACCCUGGAUAGAAUGGACAUGUCUCAUAGUAGUAAAAUAGCUUGGAAUCUAAUCAAGAAACUGGAUGGUGACCCAAAACUAAGCAAGGCCCCUGCCAAUGUAACACCCAAUCAAGUGGCCAACCAACUCCUUCUUAAUGGCAAAUUCAACUCCAAACGCCAGAAAACCAAAAUCAAACGCCUAAUACCAACUGAAAACACCAACUUUCAGAAAUCAUUUACCAUGAAAGAGUUGAACAAUGGUAUAAAUACCAUGAAGAAUGGAAAAGCCGCUGGGAAUGACGAUAUGUGCGUGGAACAGAUCAAAAAUGUCGGUCCUGGAACCAAAGAAUGGAUACUUAAACUUUUCAACGUAUGUCGCGAAACCUUUCAAAUUCCAAAACUGUGGCGGAAGUCAAAAGCUCUCCUUAAACCCGGAAAAAUCCAGAGUCUCCGAAAAGCUACCGACCCAUAUCCCUCCUUUGCCAUCUGUUUAAGCUCUACGAAAGACUAA